CUGCCGCACGCACUGGACUGGGGACUCGCGGUGGAGGAUGGCGCUGCGCUGGGGCAUCGUGUCUGCGGGUCUCAUCGCCACAGACUUCGCCUCCGUGCUGAGCUCGCUGCCUCGCUCCGAGCACCAGGUGGUUGCUGUGGCUGCCAGGGACUUGAGUCGGGCAAAGGAGUUUGCACAGAAAUACAACAUCCCUAAAGCAUAUGCCUCCUAUGAGGAGCUGGCCAAGGACCCAAAUGUGGAUGUUGCCUACAUUGGCACCCAGCACCCCCAGCAUAAGGCCACGGUGCUCCUCUGCCUGGCAGCAGGCAAGGCUGUCCUGUGUGAGAAACCCAUGGGCGUGAAUGCUGCAGAAGUUCGGGAGAUGGCUGCUGAGGCCAGAGCGCGAGGUCUCUUCCUUAUGGAGGGCUUGUGGUCCCGGUUUUUUCCUGCCAUGGAUGCUCUGUGGUCAGUUUUGGCCCAGGGAACUGUGGGGGACCUACGUGUGGCCCAUGCAGAAUUUGGAUUUGAUAUGUGUGGCCACGUCUCCCGGGCCACAGACUGGGCCCAGGCUGGUGGCAGCCUACUGGAUUUGGGCAUCUACUGUGUCCAGUUCAUCUCCUUGGUCUUCGGUGGGCAGAAGCCAGAGAAAAUUUCAGCCGUCGGAAGGCUCCAUGAAACAGGGGUAGAUGACACUGUCAGCGUGCUCCUUCAGUACCCAGGAGGGGUCCAUGGCACCUUUACCUGUAGCAUUUCCAUGCAGCUCUCCAAUGUGGCCUUUGUGAGAGGCACCAAAGGCAUGGCCCAGCUUAACAAAUUCUGGUGUCCAACAGAGCUGGUGGUGAACAGUGAAUGCAAAGAGUUCCCGUUGCCCCAGUUUGGGAAGGACUACAACUUCAUAAAUGGAGCAGGAAUGAGUUAUGAGGCCAACCAUGUCCGCGAGUGCCUGCGUAAAGGCCUGAAGGAGAGUCCUGUGAUUCCUCUGGCGGAGAGUGAGCUCUUGGCUGAAAUCCUUGAUGAAGUGCGGAAGAUUGUUGGAGUCACCUUCCCUCAGGACAAGCACUGAUGUUCCUCCUGGUAUAGACAGCACUAGCUGACCCAGUGUCCUGCUAUGGGCUCCUUGGGGAUUGGCUGCAACUGCUUUGGAGUGAGUGAGUUUUGAAAACCAGCCUAAUUUCCCACCUUGGCAAACAUGCUCGUUCUGGGCUCCUGAAUGCCACCCACUUUUGUUUGUUCUCACAGUUCAUCGGGUCUGUAAUUAUGAUUUUUUGUGUUCCCCACCCCUACCCCGCGGUAAGAUUCUCACUGUAACCCAGUCUGACCUGGAAUUCACAAGGUGGCCUUGAACUCUAGCAGUCCACCUACCUCUGCUUCCCCAAUGCUGGGAUUAAAGGUGUGUGCUACCAGGCACGACUCAAUUACUGUCUUCAAACUCACACAUGUUAGCAAUAGUCAGGGUACUCCUUUGUGAAGUGACCUUGAAGUAAAAUGAAAUGUAUGGUGACCAAAAUCUCCAGGCCAAUCCUGGACCCAGGCCAGCUCUGUCUGUCUCCAUCUUUCUCCUUUGUUUGACACUGGUUUCUUGCCCUGGGUGUUAGGUCAAGAUGGGCUUCCCAAAGUGGAGUCACCAAAGACAGCAUGAUGGUGACAGAUACAAGGAAGUGGGUCAUCCACAUUCCUCAAGAAACUGCCUAGCCAUUUUCCCUUCCUUGCCUAACAAUGCCCCAGGUCUAGGUUUCCCCCACCCCCUUAUCUCCCACUUGGUCACUGUUCUGGUCUCCCACUUCAGCUAUGGCUAAGGUAAAGAACAAAUGGGUUAUUUUCCCUUCAUCACCUUCCCCCAACUGAAGAACUCUAUAUAGCACACUAUCUGGAAUCUCAAAAUUGGCUGUGCUCUGCUCUUGAGAGUCCGUCCUGGCAGCUUGUGCUUUUCCUGAAUAAAAGCUUCCACCUUU